AUGCAUCUAGAAGAGCCCAAGAACGUACAUCCAUUCUUCUCCAAGGCCUCCAAAGAAGGAGCCUCGGAACCGGAUGUGAACGAGCCCACCGCGACGCAUGACGACCGCAAUCAUGAUCACGACUGCCACGAGCAGAACACAGGCCCUCAGCUGACGAAGCCGCGCAAGAAACGGACGAAAAGAGUUGCGAGCGCGAAGGACCAGCCAUCGCUCGACAGCUUUGCCCGCAGGCCAGCCGUCAAGUCCACCGGCGUAGACGUUGCACACGCCCUGGCAGGACCUUCGUUGGAACACGACUUGAACCUGGAUAGACGGAAACGGCGAAGGACGGCAUCGCCAAAGCCCGCUUCAAAGGUGCUGCGUGGAAACCUCUCUAUUGGAGGACCGCCGCCAGAUCUGUACCAACAGUUGCACACCGAAGCAGCCUCCGUAGGCACCCAACAAGUUAUAGACGAUGUCAUGGUAGAUACACUGGUUGCAAGCACACCGAAAGACACUGUUCUGGGUUUGCCACUUCCACAAACCCCCAAAGAUGCGCUCGAAGAUGCGGUACCCGAGUCAUCUCUCCCACAAGCCGCCGAUCAUGCGUCACCGUCUGUCACACCACCGAACGCUGCCCAGGAUGCGGCGACGGGCAAUGACAAUCCACCCCCGGGAGCUGUUGAUCGCACAGCCGAAAACACCACACCGAAGAAGCAGAUCAAAGUCACAAAAACCGGUAAGCUCGUGUCGAGUCCGCCGAAGCCCAAUCCACCAGCAUCAACUACGCCCAAAAAGAGAGGACGUCCUCGAAAAGCCACGAAGACGACCAACCUGUCAGCAACCAUCACCGUCAUCAAAUACGGAUCAGAUAGCGAAUCGAGAUUAGAGUUGGGACGAAUGAUCGAGGCCAUACUAUGUGGCAGCAAGUCGUCGAACAAGCGCACUGCGGUCAUUCCUCCUAAGCCCGUUGGACCGCCCAAGGCGCCCCAUCCCUUCUUCACGGGCAAGGCUGGACAGAAGAAAGCGGAAGUCCCUACAAGGCCAGAGGCCGAACGUCGACCUGUCACUCCCAGGAAGAGUGCAUGCACCCCGGGCAAGCUGAGGGCUGAGAGACGCAAGGAGCAAGGGGAAGAUGAUGAAUCCAUGCCGGCUUUCGGUAUGGCAUCGAGGAACAACCGACUGGCCAAGCAGUCGGGUCUGAACGAACCUCUGUGGCCUUCAAAGGCGACUGCACAUGUUCGGAACCUCGAUAAUGAGGACGCGGUCCCACCAACCAUGCAGUCACCAGCUGAAGGAAUGCCACUGAAGCCUGCAAAGCUGAAGAGCAGCAUCUACUCACUGCCAGCCGAGGAAGAGGUCAUCAACAGAUUGGCUCGGCAGCUGUCGGACGUCUUGAGCACAAGACCUGAUCCGGUAAAUCUAGACUUCGCGCCUCCUGAGGAUGUGCGUUUGCCAAUGCGCUUACUGACCACGGGGAUCGACAUCCAACACAAGGUACGGGCCCAGAUUCGAGCACCGCUGGAGACAUUAUCAGAUCGGUUGUUUGCCAAAACCCAUUCAGCCAUCACCACACUGUUCGAUGAGAUCGAACACACCCUUACCUCCUUUGACGAAGGCAGGUGUGAACCCCAGGCAUGGGCGCAAAAGUACAGACCAGGGCGGGCAGACCAUGUGCUGCAACCGGGGAGUGAAGCAUUCGCACUCAAAGACUGGCUGAAGAGUUUGACUGUCAUGGCUGUUGGUGCCGCACAGGAUAUCUCAAAAACUACGGCUCCACUAGAUGCGAGGAAGCCACCUCGAAAAAAGCGAAGAACAGCGGUAGACGACUUCAUCGUGUCGGACGAUGAGGACGACGAUGAUGAUGACAUGAUCGAGUUACCCCAACGUGAGGGUGCUGCACCGCGUCAGUGUCCUUCCUUGAGGCGGCCACGAUGGACAAGAAAUAAGAAUGUCAUCCUCUUGAGCGGACCACACGGGUGCGGUAAGAGCGCUACAGUGUACGCUGUGGCUAAAGAGCUGGACUUUGAGGUUUUUGAGCUCCACUCUGGUGUUCGGCGCGCUGGCAAAGACAUCCAAGAUAAAGUCGGCGACAUGACUGCCAAUCAUCUGGUAAACCAUCAGCGAAGCGACUUGCCAGCCAAGACGAAAUCCGCUUCUCUUGUCUCAGCUGAUGAUACGGAAAACGAGCGCGACAAGGAGUUUCAGAAAGAUCUCGACAGUGGGCGACAGGGCACUAUGACUUCGUUCUUCACAGCAAAGCCCGCCACAAAGCCCGAACCAAGACCAAAGCCAAAGGCCCGGGUCGUGGUGCAAUCUCCAGCGAAGGCGAGAAGUAUACCAGCUGCUCAAGCUAUGCUACCUGUUGUAGCCUCGCGCAAGUCGCAGAAACAGUCGCUGAUACUUGUUGAGGAGGCUGACAUUCUCUUUGAAGAAGACCAAAACUUCUGGGCUCAGAUCAUCAAGCUCGCUUCGCAAUCGAAGAGGCCCAUCGUCAUUACCUGCAACGAUGAACUGCAAAUACCAACGCAAGCGUUACCGAUGGCAGCUGUACUGCGUUUCAAUCCGCCGCCUGUUGACCUCGCCACUGAUUACCUGGUUGCACUGGCAGGUAGAGAGGGACACAUACUGCAGCGACAAGCCGUCACGGAUCUCUACAACUCCAAAAACCACGAUCUUCGAGCCAGUAUCACAGAGCUCAACUUCUGGUGUCAGAUGUCUGUUGGUGACAAGAAGGGUGGGCUGGAGUGGAUGUAUCAGCGUUGGCCGCCUGGCAAGGAUGUCGACGCACAAGGUCGCUUGCUGAGGGUCGCAAGUGAAGGCACCUAUCAAUCUGGCAUGGGUUGGCUGUCGCACAAUGUGUUUGAGACCAGGAGCAAUGUCGUUUUUGACAAAGAAGAAGAGUUGCUGAUGGAGGUCUGGAACGACUGGGGCAUCAACCCAACGUCUUGGACUCCAGAAGAAAAGCCCAGCAGGAAGUCUGUCGCUUCUGAAAAAGACGAUCGACUUGCUCACCUCGACGAGCUCGACCACCUAGUCAAUUUCUCAGAUGCUCUCAGCGCCGCAGACAUCUACUCAUGCAUAGGUCUGCCCUCUUACGAGAGCAUGCAUGACCAGCCCAUCGAUCCCACCCUGCCAUCAAUCACCGACAAGGAGCGCCUCAGCUACACCGUCAAUGCUCCCCUCCUGCAAGCGGACGACUGCACAGAUUUCCUCAGCCUUGAUACUGCACUUGCCAUACAGACAAACAUCCUUCUGCACAACACAUUCCCAGGCCUUGCCCAUCACGCGAUAGAGCACUCACUGCCCGUUCCAGCAAGCCUCGAGCAAUCCUACACGCGUCAAAUCCUCCAACACAAAGCCGAAGUCGGGAAGCACAGCCCCAUCACCCGCUCAGUCUUUGCCUCAGCCCUCGACAUCCUCGCCUCCCCCGCAGACCAAGACACCACUUACGACCACCGCACAUCCUUCACACUAACACCCUCCUCCUUCGACCGCCCCUUCCCGCUCAUCACCCUUGACCUCGCACCCUACAUCCGCUCCAUCGUCGCACACGAGCAGACCCUCGAGGCCCAGCGCAUUCGCCUCGGCACCCUGCUCUCCGAGGGCGGCCGCGCGAAGCGCGCGCGUACCACGAGAGCGAGCCGCACCGCUAUAGAGGGAGGUGAGCGCAAGACCAAGCGCCGCGAGCACUGGUUCAGCCGGGAUCUCAAUUUCGAACUCGUCAUGCGCACCGCAGGGAGUAGUUGGGCAGGGUUGGGGUGCAAAGGAGAUGAUGCGGAAGGGGAGGGGGAUAGUGUUGGUGGGAGUCUGACCGAGACGGGGACGCAGAAUAGCGAAGGCUUGAGUGGCAUGCAGGGAGAUGACCGGGAUCGGGAAACGAUGGCUCAUGAUGGAGUAGAGUAG